AUGAAAACGUUACCUGAAUUGAAAGAAAUCGUUGAAAACUAUAAGCCUUCAGUUAUAUGGUCAGAUGGUGAUUGGGAGGCACCAGAUACUUACUGGAAUUCCACUGGAUUUCUUGCAUGGCUAUACAAUGAAAGUCCCGUAAAAGAUACAGUUGUUGUCAAUGAUCGAUGGGGUGCUGGUAUUCCAUGCCAUCAUGGCGGUUUUUAUACAUGCUCGGAUCGUUUCAAUCCAGGACAUCUUAUUACGCAUAAAUGGGAAAAUUGUUUUACUAUCGAUAAACAUUCAUGGGGUUACAUUCGUACAUCCGGUAACGUAUUAAUUAACGUUGGUCCAACAUCAUAUGGAAAAAUUCCACCCAUUUAUGAAGAACGUCUUCGACAAAUGGGUUCAUGGUUGAAAGUUAACGGUGAAGCUAUCUACAAUAGCGUUCCAUGGAAAUAUCAAAAUGAUACAAUUAACAAAAAUGUUUGGUAUACAUCGUCCAAAGAUGAGCAAUUUGUUUAUGCAUGUCUUCUAGAUUGGCAGAAAAAUACAACUGAACUUGUAUUAGGUGCACCAAUUAGUUCGUCAAGUACAAGUAUAACACUCCUUGGCUCAGAUGUUGGUUCAUUGAGUUGGCGUUUAGCUGGUGCAAGUGGUGGUAUCAUCAUUGAACUAUCAAAUAUUAAAAUAUAUUCACUUGCAAGUGAUUGGGCAUGGGUUUUCAAAUUACAAAAUAUUACUCCGAAAUAA